AUGUCCAAACCACUCGAUGGAAUACAGCCUACAGUGCACACGGUCUUCGAGCCCACCACAUGUUCAUGGCAAUAUGUUGUAGCCUGUCCAGAAACCAAAGAAGCAGCAAUCAUCGACCCGGUCCUGAACUUUGAACCAACACUAUACACCAUUACCUCCCAAGCUGCAGAUGCUCUAAUCGACUUCAUCAUGAAAAAUGGCUACACAGUCACCAUGCUCCUGGAGACACACGCCCACGGCGACCAUCUCUCAGCCUCCUACUACAUCCAACAGACCCUGUGGGCUCAUGGCCAACCACACGCACAGAUCUGCAUCCAAGAGGAUAUAGCAAUCGUCCAAGCCUACUACGCCCACAGAUACCGAAUCCCCAAAGACGAAAUCGACACUGCCUUCGACCACCUCUUCAAACCAGAUGAGAAAUUCCAACUCGGAAACAUGAUCGGCAUCGCCCUCCACCUGCCAGGCCACACACCUGAUCACGGGGGUUACAAACUCGGCAACAAUGUCUUCUCAGGAGACUGCAUGUUCAAUCCGGGCAUCGGCAAUGGUCGAUGUGAUUUUCCCGGUGGCGAUUCCCAGUCUCAGUUUCGCUCUAUGCAACGCCUGCUAUCGUUCCCGCCAGAGACGAGAUUAUAUACCGGUCAUGAUUUCCCACCUGCGCCGGGUAGUGAGCUUCCGACUCGUAAUCCUUUGCCGUAUAAUACUGUUGCUGGGCAGAAGGAGAAAAAUAAGUAUCUCGAGGAGGACUCGUCUGAGGAUGCUUUUGUGAAGUGGAGGAAAAAGCGAGAUCAAACUCUUGGUGAGCCUAGGCUUAUGCAUCAGGCUUUGCAGGUUAAUGUUCGUGGGGGCAAGAUGCCGAGUAGGUCUUGUGAUGGGAAGGCUUUUAUGCUUUAUGCUCUUGAUGUCCCGAGGGUUCUAUUGACUGGAUAG